UCGUUCCAAAAAAUUUGCCCUCUCUCUUACCCAUGACAGUUGCGUAAAACAUAAUAAGUAAGGGAAACCAGAAGCAUACAAACGCGUUGACCCAUCACGGAUCUGCUGCUUUUCUUUUGACCCUUUUCAUCCAUUCAAUUCAAUUCAAUUCAAUUCAAUUCCCCCCCCAUUCUUUGAUGGAUAGUAAUUAUUCAGCUAUACCCAAAGGCUCACACGUAGAAUUGCAAAUACAAAAUGAACCCCAAGAUUUUAGAUCCCAGAAAAGAUUUCUCCUUUCUGAUGAUGGAAACUGGGUAAAUGAUCCCAAGGUUCUUCAUGAUCUUGAUGAUCUUAACGAUGAUGUUGAUGUUGAUCUUGGUAGUGAUAUUGAUGAUUAUGCCCUUGUUUCAAGUACGCCCAAUAAAGGCUCUGGUAUUUCUGGUGCUGUCUUUAACUUAACUACCUCAAUUAUUGGCGCUGGAAUCAUGGCUCUACCUGCUACUAUGAAAGUUCUUGGGAUUGUUUUAGGGGUUGUUUUGAUAAUCCUGAUGGGAAUUUUGUCCGAAAUUAGUGUCGAAAUGCUGGUUAGGUUUGCGGUUUCCUGUAAGGCUAAAUCGUACGGGGAAGUUGUGCAGAUUGCAAUGGGGAGAACUGCUAGGGUUUUGUCUGAGAUAUGUAUAAUUGUCAACAAUGCAGGUGUUUUGGUAGUUUAUUUGAUUAUUAUGGGUGAUGUUAUGUCGGGUUCAGUUCGACAUCUUGGGGUUUUCGAUCAGUGGUUGGGACAUGGUUUUUGGGAUCAUAGGAAGUUGUUGAUUUUGAUUGUUUUGGUGGUUUUUCUUGCACCACUUUGCGUGUUAGAUAGAAUUGAUUCGUUGAGCACCACUUCAGCUGCUUCAGUUGCUCUGGCUGUUAUUUUCGUUGUGAUUUGCUCUGUUGUUGCAUUGAUUAAGCUUAUUGAGGGGAAGAUUGAGGCUCCAAGGAUGAGCCCGGAUUUUGGGUCAAAAAAGUCAAUUUUGGAUUUACUAGUGGUUAUCCCAAUUAUGUCGAAUGCUUAUAUUUGUCAUUUUAAUGUUCAACCUAUAUAUAAUGAGCUUGAAGGGCGAUCUCCUCAAAAGAUGAAUCGAGUGGGAAGGAUCACGACUGUUCUUUGUGUAGUGGUGUAUGCCUCAACGGCUGUAUCAGGGUUUCUGCUCUUUGGGAAGGAUACUGAAGCUGAUGUCUUGACCAAUUUUGAUAAGGAUCUUGGAAUUAAAUUUAGCACUGUCUUGAAUUAUAUUGUCCGGGUUGGCUACAUUCUUCAUUUGGUUCUUGUUUUCCCUGUUAUCCAUUUUUCCCUGCGGCAAACAGUGGAUACCUUGGUUUUUGAGGGAUCAGCUCCGCUCACAGAGAGUAGGAAAAGGUCUUUGGCAUUAACAAUAAUAUUGCUAGUGCUUAUUUAUUUUGGAUCUACUAUGAUCCCAAACAUUUGGACAGCAUUCAAAUUUACAGGAGCGACAACAGCUGUUUCAUUAGGUUUCACAUUCCCUGCUCUCAUUGCUUUGAAGAUAAGUCAGCAAGAAGAGGGUUUGAGCUUGAGCAGAAUAGAAAAAUUUUUUUCAUGGUUAAUGUUAAUAUUGGCUGUAAUAGUUAGCAUUGCGGGGAUAAUUGGAAAUAUUUAUACCAUCCAAAGUAAAUCUGAAUGAUUAUUUUCUUAAAGAGUUUUGGGCCUGGCUUCCCCAUGUGUCAGUGUGAUAAUUUUUCUUGAAGUCUUGUAAUUGUUAUUCUGUUUCUAAGUUGCUCUGCUCUGCUUAACAGACAAUCAAAUGGUUUCAGAUGAUGGUUAAAGCCUUUACUGUGAUGCAUUUCUUGAAGGUGCUAUUAUGCUAGGAAGUUCACAAAAGGCUUAGAAGGUUCUGAUGGGCGUGAUCAUGCAUUGAUGUAAUGCUUUUAUAUACUCUUCAGAGCAAUAGUGAGUGAUAACUUGUCAAAUGAAGAGUACUUGGCAGGAUACUUCAAUGGACUCACAUCUCUUGUAAGUUAAUUGAAAUUUACAGAUUGAACAAUGCUACAGAUUCUUAGAUACAUGUUUCUUCUUUCACAAAAGUUUUGAGUAUAACUGUAUGAUGUAGGAAAAACACUGCAAUCAAAUUAAUUUCUAUCACUCACCUUUUCUAUUAGGAGGAAACAUUAUUGUGCUUCUGGACAAAGCUCUGCUACUUGACUAUUGUAAUUGUUUUGAUACUUGUGCUGCUAUGCGGAUGCAUCUUUUCACAUAUGAAGAAUAAAAUAUUCCUUCCUUCGCGAAAUUUGAAUGUACUUAUUAGUUGGAAUGGAUUUUUCAGCUUCAACUCAAUGCAAAUUAAAUAUUGCUGUUUUA